GGCUCAGAACAUCCAUGCUCCUGAUGUGCACAAAAAUCUGAAGGAAACAUAGGACACUUCUUGUCCUUCUGGGAAACAAACACCAGUAAGCAGAAUGCCACCCAUGCAUUCCUGCCACCAUAGCAUUUUAUGGACAUGGAGAAAUUCCUCUUUUAUUCACGCUUUUCAAAAGCAAAAAUUAUUCUGGAUGUCAUCACCGUUAAACUGUUAGUGACAUUUGCUCUGUCCAGUUUGUUUGAAAAAUUAGUGUCCUAAUUUAGUAGGUAUUUUCUAGAAGACCCAGAUCUAAUGGAUCUAGGACAAAACCUAACCAAAACAAUCAAACUAUCAAACAAACAAUAAAAGUAAUACUAAAACAGCACAAGAAAAAAUGUAUGGACUUCAUUAUACUAUCAUUUAUAGACAUUCAAAACUUACAGAAUCAUCAGCAGAUCAAAGGUAGAUCUGUUUGGAAAAAAAAAAAUAGCUGAUGUAUAACUUUGAACAGUUAAAAACUUAAAAAAAUGUGAAAUGAGACUAUGUGUUACCUUAGAGGAAACCUGGUCAGAGGCUUCCUAAAACAUAAGAUUCAAUGGGGGAAAGGGAAAGUUAAGGGAGAUGGGCUUGUUCAAUUUGGAAAGGAAGGGCUCCUUGGAGACCUCAUUGCAGCCUUCCAGUACUUAAAAGAAGGUUACAAACAUGAGGGAUACUGAAUUUUUUGCAUGGUCUGACAGUGAUAGCACAGGAGGGAAUGGUUAUAAACUAAAAGAGGGGAGACUUAGAUUAGAUGUUAGGGAAAAGUUGUGUACUGUGUGAGUGCUGAGGCAGUGGCACAGGCUACUCAGAGAAGCCAUGGGUGACCCACCCCUGGAGGUGUUCAAGGCCAGGGUGAAUGGGGCACUGGGCAGCCUGAGCUGGUGGGUGGCAACACUGCUUGUGGCAUGGGUUUGGAACUGGGUGGACUUUAAGGUCCCUUCCAACCCAAGCCAUUCUGUGAUUCAAUGAUAAGAUUCUAUGAUAACACAUAAUGCUAGAUUAAGAAUGUACUGAAACAGUAACACAGGCAAAGUAUUUCUGGAGUUAGAUGAUCAAAUAAUAACAAAAAGAUUAGUGAAAUUAGCCUCCAUAGAAUAGGUAUUUUUAAAUUAUGGAUUAUAAAGCAAUAAAAACAAUAACUAAAUUGACACUGAUUUGCAUCUUGCAUGGAUUUCCCAAGGAAGAUAAAAACAGUUGAACAUUCCGUUGCAAACAAUUAUCUUCCCAGCUACACAGUUGAGUGAAGAAAGAUCGGAGAAUCAUAGAAUGGCCUGGGUUGAAAAGGACCAUAAUGAUCAUCUAGUUUCAACCCCCAUGCCAUAGGCAGGGCCACCAACCACUAGACCAGGCUGCCCAGAGCCACAUCCAGCCUGUCCUUGAAUACCUCCAGGGAUGGGGCAUUCACAAUCUCAUUAGGCAACCUGUUCCAGUGUCUCGCCGCCCUCGCAGCAAAGAAUUCUUCCUGACAUCUAGUCUAAACCUACCCUCUUCCUGUUUAAAACUAUUUCCCUUGUUCUGUUGCUCCCUUCAAGUAUUGGAAGGCCACAGUGAGGUCUCCCUGGAGCCUUCUCUUCUCCAAGCUAAACAAGCCCAGAUCCCUCAACCUUUCUUCAUAGGAGAGGUGCUCCAGCCCUCUGAUCAUAUUAGUGGGUCUCCUCUGGACCUGCUCUAAGAGCUCUGCAUUUUUCUUGUGCUGGGGGCCCCAGGCCUGGACACAGUAUUCCAGAUGCAACCUCACAGGAGCCGAGUAGAGGGGAACAAUUACCUUCCUCUCCCUGCUGGCCACUCCUCUUUUAAUGCAGCCCAGAACAUAGUUAGCUGCUAGGCAUUUUGGGCUGCGAGUGCACACUGCUGGCUCAUGCCCAGCUUCUCAUCCACCAGGACCCCCAAGUCCUUCUCCACAGGGCUGCUCUCAAGGAGGCAUUCCCUCAGUUUGUAUAAAUACCUGGGAUUGGAGAAGUCCAGAAAUAUGGCAUCCAUUGCCUUUCCCCUGUCCACUGACGCUGUCACUCCGUAGAAGGCCACCCGAUUGGUCAGGCAAGAUCUGCUCUUGCUGGAGCCAUUCUGGCUGUCUUGGAUCACCUCUUUGUCUCAUAUGUGCCUUAACAUAGCCUCUAGGAGGAUCUGCUCCAUUAUCUUCCCAGGCACAAAGAUGAGGCUCAUCGGUCUGUAGUUCCCCAGAUCUUCCUUUCUACCUUUCUUAAGAUCGACUUAGGUAGUUUAUGUCACAGUUAUAACAAAUGAAAAAACCCACAGAAAAUAUAGGUUUGAUACUCUGGGAAGGUUUUCUUGUUGUUUGGUUUUGCCCGUGAAACAAGAAGUUGUAGUGUUAUGCCAUAUAUUUUUUUUAAGAAAUCAAGUUGAAUGAUUUCCUUAGCAGUUUGCAGCAUUGGACCCAAAGUACACGUAAAUAACUGUUAAAAGGCAUGUGAGUUAUGUACAAUAUUUUACUCAUAACAAUAGUUUCUAUUGAACUAACAAGAAACUCUGUAUGCUAAAUUGUUAUUUGCAUAAGAUACCAACUAUGUAUUCAGAGAUUACACUUAAUUAACUGGUUUAUCAAAACAUAUCAUUUAUAAAAAUUUCAAACACCUUCUGCAGAACAAACCAGCAAUGUUUUGAUUUUGAUAAUGAAAGGAUGGCAAGAAUAGAAGUUUCUGAUCUUAUCUGAUUCAAAAAGUCAUGCAGAUUCACUCUGUAGCCAAACUAAUACAUACUAGUAUUUGAUCUUAAAUGCUUCAGGAAUUAAGUGUGUUUUUUCUAUAAUUGGCAGUAAUUCUGAAUUCGUGUAUACCUCACACACACACUGUAGUAGCAUAAUAACCUGAGUUGUAUUCUGAGCUAAAGAACCCCUCUGGUCCUACCUAGUAUCUAGUCUCACGGAUUUUUUUGAGGACUGGAAAUGGGAAAGCAUUGCCCUUGUCUUUGGAAGAAUUGUGAUAUUCCAGUGGACACAGUGGAAAGGGGCUGGGGGAGAUGGCAGUUCUGAUGCUGUCCCAAGUGCAUUCUUUCAGAGUAACCACAAGAUGGUGCCUUCUAUUUUGUCAGAGAGUAGUUUAAUUGCUACUUUUUCAAUUCAAUUUAUGUCACAAUGUUCACUUAUAUUUUAUUUUUAUUUUUUAUUUUUAGUUAUGGCCUUUUUUUAAAAAAAGCUAAAAACUUGGGUUUUGUUGUUUAUAAUGCAAACAUAUAAUUAUGUCAUCUGCUUGGAUACAUGUUAUUAGGCAGACCUUGUUUACCUAGCCAAUCCUGACAAUAAAUACUCUGCUAUUUGCAUUUUAUAA